AUGCGCCUCUCCGGCCUCCAGAAAGAGGUUCUGGGCCUCUACCGCCACUGUCUUCGCGAGAGCCGCAAGAAGCCCGAGGCUUCGUUAUCACCCAACAUUCUUCACAAAGCUCAUCCACCCGCCCCUGGCCCAGAGCUUAGCAUGGCCACUCUGGCUUCCAUCCCGGAAGGCGGCAACCCACGGCACUUCGCCCAUUUCAGCAAAUUAAAUGACUUGAACAAUACCUCUACCAAUAAUCAUCGUCCUCACUCCAGAACCUUUGCUGCACCACGACGUCAUGCUCGCUCUCGCUAUCAAAGACCCGAGAGGAUUGAGACUUUCCCAGCUCGGCCCGUCGCAGCCCGAGGGUCGCCGACCAAAAGCACCUUUGCUAAUAUUCACACCACGCCCGAGGCUGCGUCCGAGGAGCACGCUGAGCCAUCCGACUCCUCGUUUGACUUGGACUCCUUCCCUAUCCCUCCAUCUACGUCGUCGUUCUUAUCCACCUACGGUGCCAGACCACCGGCAAGCUCUGGCUCAUCCUCAUCCAUGGCAACACAUGAGAGAUCUUUACAUCACGGGUACAAGGCAUCGAAAUCUCGACGCUACCAUCAUCAAGUGGAUGGCACAAAAGAUCCCGCCAGCUCAACAAAACGGGCUUCGGUAGACUCGGCGCUGGUGGAUGCCAUUGCCAGAAAUCUCGUUCAGCAGUUUCGUUUAUCGUCUGUCGGCCGGUGCAGGCAGCACCAUACGAAAACACAUGCCCCUGCCGAUCGCUCUGAUGAGUCGCAAAGUUCGAACAAGCAGGAUGCAGUCGACCACUUCGCCAAAGACCUUGAACGAUAUGCCAAGCGUUGCGAGGAAAGAGAAGCUCGCGUCCCCAGAAAACAAUCUGCUUCAACUCUCCGAACUGUUUCAGCUCUUUUACCGUUUCGUUCCGAGUUUGAGACUGCUGGCCUCGCCGUGACGUCCAAAGACCAAGCGAACCGUAUUGACAGUUACAUCACCAAGGCUGUUGAGGCGAGGGCACCGCCAGAGGCAGGGCCGUCUAGCAAGUCGAAAUAUUCGAAACCAGUCGCAGGGAAGCCUUCCCAAGUGGACGGAUUUAAUGACACGGACCCCAGUGAUAGUCCCAACACGGAAAUUUCUUUUGCGCCUACCAACGGCAUGGACGAGUGGCGCUAUGCGAUGAUUGACGAAGUUCCAAAGAAGAAGAAGAAGAAGAAGAAAGCAAAUACUACCCCUGGCAAAAAGCCCAGGAAGCACUGUCUCUCUUGCUUUGAUCACAGCCCUUCCACAGUAACAGAAGCUGGUUGGGCUCAGCCUCAAAAGCUGCCGACUGCCCCGAUGCCAAAGUUCCGUGGUGGUAUAGGGCCUCCUCCCCCCGUUCCCCCACCGCCGGUGCCGCCUCAGCGACCGCCUCGCCCGGAAGUUGGAUUGCUUGACGAAGAACCUGCAGCAGGGCGACAUGUAGCACCGGAGAACUUGACUUCUAAGAGCCAUGCUAUCAGUCCCAAAAUGCUGCCUUCGUACCCACGUCAACAAGACAAAGGAAAGUCGCCAAACGUACGCAGGCGAGGAUCACCCCAUCCGCAUAUCCUGCCUGCAAAAUUGAAUAGAUCUCCGAUCAAGAAUAAACGCACCAGCUCCAAAAGGCAUAUACCGCAUGAAACUACGUCCAAACAAUAUGACAGGACUCGACGACAAAUGACCCCUCUUGACUUGAAGAGAGCUGUCGAAGGAACCAAGGAUGGACCAGAGCCCGAAAACUUGGGCCAUUCAAGGGCUCGAGAUGCACGACCCGAUACUAUCGACCACAUUGGUAUUUGCUGUAGGAGCAACAGAGGCGUGCCGUCACGGGCAAAUGCCAGGCCAAACAUCCCUCGCCGUACCUCGUCCAUGGCCCAGUUUAUGAUUUCUUCCAAACUUGACUAUGACGACAGGGAAAUUACGGAUCGCGAUGUACUUCGGGGUCUUCACAUCGCAGCAUCAGCCGCCUGCGACGAAGAAGUCGAUGCAUUUGUUCGAAACGAAACUGGCCUCCGCAUUCGCCGUUUCCUAGCGGACCUCAUGACUCUGGAAUCGUUAGCGGUCAAUCCCCCAGUAGACAAGAAGCAGUGGGCUCGUCAGCGACGAGCAGACAUGCGAAAGCUGAAGCAACAGAUGCGACGUUCUCGCGAGCUUAACAGCCUAGGGCAGGCGAACUUUUUAUGA